UCAGCCGCUACCGCUUCUGUCAGAUCAUGGCUGAGAACCUGCCCGAGCUCAGAGAGGACAUUAAGGACAUCUCCAUGUCCAACCUCAAGGACUUCCUGGAGAGCAUCAGGAAACACUCAGACAAGAUCGGAGAGACCGCCAUGAAACAGGCUCAGCAGCACAGGACGUUUAACAGUGUGGUUCAGAAGCAUGACAGUGGUAUGGGCUACACCAGGCCAGUCUACUCCCUGAACGGCCGGACGCCAACGCAGCACAACGGCCUAGCGGCGGAGGAGGAGUAGACCAACCAGAGGAGGAGGGAGUGGAGGAGGACCAAUCAGAGGAGGAGGUAUUAACAGCCCAGGACCUGGUGGACUUCUCUCCUGUUUACAGAUGUCUCCACAUCUACACCGUUCUGG